AGCAGGGUGUUAAUCAGUAACACCCCAAGGGGACCACACUUUGGAAUAACAAAUAUUUGCACGAGGCUCUGGGCCGCAAGCUUCUGCUUGCCUCUUUGCUCUGAAUGAUCUUCUUAACGCCAGAGGUCGGAACUGGAUGAAGUGGCCCCUGGCCUCCACAGCUGAGCAUAUGAGGGCAGCUUCUAGCCUGUUGCUUCCUGUCCUCCUGGCAGAGGUGUGUCUGGUGACCAGUUUAAACUUCAGCUCCCAUUUACCAGAGGCCCAGGCAGAGUUGGAGUCUCAGCACCCUCAGAACCAGACUUGGGUUCCCAGUGAUGAAGAGGAGGAAGAAUACUGGCUGAGGACUAGCCAGCAGCAGCUGUCCAAUGAGACUUCAAACUUUGGGUUCAGCCUGCUUCGGAAGAUCUCCAUGAGGCACGAUGGCAAUGUAAUCUUUUCACCAUUUGGCCUGUCUGUGGUCAUGGUGAACUUGAUGCUGGGGGCCAAGGGAGAGACCAAAGUCCAGGUGGAGAAUGGGCUCCAUCUACAGGCCCUAAGUCAGGCAGAACCCCGGAUCCUUCCAUCCCUCUUCAAGAGGCUGAGAGAAACCCUCUCCAACAGUCAGGAGCUGGACCUCACCCAGGGGAGCUUUGCCUUCAUCCACAAGGACUUUGAUAUCAAAGAGACCUACCUCAAUCUAUCCAAGAAGUAUUUUGAUACAGAGUGUGUGCCUACAAAUUUUCGAAAUUCCUCACAGGCCAAAGGGCUUAUGAACUACUACAUUAACAAAGAGACUCGGGGGAAAAUUCCCAAGCUCUUUGAUGAGAUUAAUCCUGAAACAAAGUUAAUUCUGGUGGACUACAUCUUGUUCAAAGGUCCGGCAUACACUGAAGAGAGAACGAUGCUUUCCCUGAGGCCCCUCUCUUACCACCUGCAGACCUGUGGUCCUCAGUUCCCACAGCUCCUCUGCCUGGUUUUCUUCCUAAUGUUUGAGAGAGGGAAGUGGCUGACUCCAUUUGAUCCCGUCUCCACCGAGGCUGACAAUUUUCACCUGGACAAAUACAAGGCUGUUAAGGUGCCCAUGAUGUACCAGGAAGGCAACUUUGCCUCCACCUUUGAUAAGAAGUUCCGUUGUCACAUCCUCAAACUGCCCUACCAAGGAAAUGCCACCAUGCUAGUGGUCCUCAUGGAGAAAACAGGUGACCACUUGGCCCUAGAGGACUACCUGACCAUAGACCUCGUGGAGACAUGGCUCCAGAAUAUGAAAACCAGGAAAAUGGAGGUUUUCUUCCCCAAGUUCAAGCUGGACCAGAGGUAUGAGAUGCAUAAGCUGCUCCAGCAGAUGGGAAUCAGGAGAAUCUUUUCCACCUCAGCUGACCUCAGUGAACUCUCAGCCGUGGCAAGAAAUCUUCAGGUGUCCAAGGUCUUACAACAAUCGGUGCUUGAAGUAGAUGAAAGAGGAACUGAGGCAGUGGCAGGGACACUGUCUGAGAUUGUCGCUUACUCCAUGCCUCCUGUCAUCAAAGUGAACCGACCUUUUCAUUUCAUGAUCUAUGAGGAGAUGUCCAAGAUGCUUCUGUUUCUGGGCAGGGUGGUGAACCCCACUGUCCUGUGACUCAGGCCUGUGUAAGCCUUGGCCAGACCAGAUGCUGAGUCAGAGGGGUCUGGACCACAGGACGCUGGUGGUGAGUGGUGAAGAGUGUGCCCUCCUCUGCGUCUGGCCAGUUUGUUGUGGCUGUUCUGAUUAACACAGAAAUUAAAAUGACUCAUAUUUUAAGGAGAUUCUGUGCAAUCUGUCCAGCAUUUUAAACUUGCUCCUGAGAGCCUUUGUUGACUGACUGAAGACUAGCUGAGGAGAGUCUUUCUCUGCAGCGCACAUGUCUGCCCGUUGAGAGCAGUAGGUAGGGCAGCUGGGACAGUCUCUGGGGAGCACAUGGGCAUUCUCCUACAGGCAUGUUUCUCCCUCUAGUUCUCUCUCACACAAAAUCAGGGUUUUAAUUUAGUUCAUCCUAGAAUUCCUCUGUCUCUCUCUUUCCCUCGCUUCUUCCCCAUCCCCACCCCACCCUCCACUGACAGAGGCCUACAACAUAGCUCACUGGCAUGGAACUCUAUGCAGACCAGGCUGCCCUUGAACUUGAAGAAAUCCACCUGCUUCUGCCUCCUGAGUGCUGGAAUUAAAGGUGUGCGCCACCAUGCUCAGAGUUUUUUGUGUUGUAAUAUGUUUUAAUUAAUCACAGAAUUCUUUCUUUUAUUAAAAUUAGCAUGAAAUCACCAUAAUCUCUCCUAAUCAAAAUGUCUGGCUCAACAAUACCCUCAUUUCCAUGAUGCAUCAGUCACAUAUUUCCAUCACAGGAACCACAUCAUCCAGUUCAAUGUGGGCCAGAACUAGCGCCACAUCCUGACUUUCAGGAGUGACAGGCACUUUUUCCUCUGUGCACUCCUUUCUUCUUAAGAGUUUAUAGAUGUACAUAUAAAUGCAUAUGCUAUAGCAAUGAAUACAGUCUCAAUUAUAUUUAGCCUUUGCCAACAAAAAGUAUAUGUCUUGUUCAUUGCUGAUUAAGGACACAUCUUCAUGAGCCUUUAUCAUAUAGAGGGCCUUGACUGCAGUGCCCACUGUACGUGAUGAAUAUAUGAAAUCUUCUAUCUCAGUGGGAGGAAAACACCUGCCCAAGACCACUCAGUAUGACCAUGGUAAGCCAAUCCUUCCUUCUUAUUCUAGUCUCAAGUCUCCAUCUUCCCUCUCUAAAAGUCUCUCAGAGACUGCCUCGAUCAUCCACUGUGGUUAAAAGUAAGCAUGGACUUUGUCCCAAUAUGAAAGAAAAAUGAAAAUACCUCUAAAGCAUUCUUGGGUAGUCAUUUUCUAUCUUAUAGAAAUGAGAUAAGACAGUACCUUGGAACUGGGUGGUGGUGGCGCACACCUUUAAUCCCAGCACUCACAAAGCAGAGGCAGGCAGAUCUCUGAGUUCGAGGUCUACAGAGUGAGUUCCAAAUCAGCCAGGACUGUUACAUAGAGAAACCCUGUCUCUAAAACACACACAAACAAAAAAAAAAAAACCAAAAAACAAAAAAAAACAGUACUUUGGGAUUAAUCAGAGAUUCCUGAAUGAGGCUAACUAAUCUCAAAAUGUCAGCUGUGUUGAGUUGCACUUCUAUCAGCUGUCUAAUAAUAAACACACCUAAAGUGAAUUAGUUCCUUAGUUACUUAAUGACUGUAAGUCAAGAGUAACAUGAACAGGAGGCAGUCAACCAGACUUGCUCACCAUAGUCUCGACAUUAACUCACUCUGUAGUUAUCUCAGGCAUUAAUAGAUGUUCAUUUAGGACCAGAAAGCUCUGGGGCCUAGGAAGAGAGACAAGAGAGGAUGGCUCUAACUGGCAUCCAUAGGUACUUGUGUUCAGUUAUUUGGGUGUGCUUGUGGGGAAAUAGUAGGAAGAGAAAUUUUAUUUUUUUAAGAUUUAUUUUAUGUAUAUGGAUGUUUGUUUGCAUGGAUAUUCGCACACCAGAAGAGAGCUUCAGAUCCCAUAGGACUACAGUUAUAGGUGGCUGUGAGCCAGCAUAUGGAUGCUGGGAAUUGAACCUGGGGCCAAAAAGAGGAAUUUCAAAAGAGGGUUCUGGCUCUUUUCCAACUUUGAGAGAUGAAAUCUAGAAAAGCAAGCCUACGGCUAUAACCACACUGAAGUAAACAUAGCCCAAGCCAGUGGCAGGUAGGCCAGCGCUGCAGAUGGAGCCGAGCACUGUCAACACACCUAGUUCAAGGAGGUUAGGUUUGCUGACAAAAUGAAGAUACGAGUGGGUGUUCCUAUCUGCCACCCACUUGCAUUUUAAUCUUCCUGCAUAUUUGUCUCUGGGAUAUAAUUUUAACAAAGAUUCAACUUUUUAAAAAGUUUUUAAUGCUUGUGAAAAGAAAUACUUCCAAAAGUAAUUUUGAAUAACUGUUUUAAUUGAGAAUUUAAUGCCUAAGCAAUUGACUUCCAACUUUAUAAGCAGUGGUGACUAUUCUGUCAGAUCACUUCCCCCUUAUCCCACAUAUAUAACAAGAAUAUAAAAAGUUUAUAACUACUAAGUGUAUUAUUUAACAAUCAAAUUGAAACUUUUCAUUUUAUUUAAAGUAGACAGAGUCAAUGCUGACUUUCUGAACCAGAGUACUGGAAAAACUGAUGCAGCCUUGAGUCCCUUAUGCACAAUGAAUUCUCCAGGCCACAUUAGAUUCAGUCCCACAUUACUAAUGCCAGUAGGAGACAUAAACUAGUUAAACUGAAUUCCCUUAUGCAGAACGGUCAAGUUUCUCAUGGCUAUUAGACUCCCACUUCUGACCUGACUGUCCUUGAUGAAUGGUGUUAUGAGUCCCUCAAUGGUCCCUAAAGAGGUCAUAGGGAAGGAAAGGAAUGACAAAGAAUGAAAAAGCAGUAAGCAGCUGUCCCAGAGUCCUUUCGAAUUAACACAAAUCUGCUCCACUUGCUCAUUGUUUAAAGAUGAACUGCCUUUUCUUUAUAGAGUAAGAGCUGUAGGAAAGUAUUUAAAACUUUUCUCACAAGUGCUCAUUAACUUCUGCUUUAUUUUAAACAAGCUCAUUAUCCAUUUCACAUUAUAAAAAGUAACCACGCACACAUGCAUUCACAAAUUAGAUCAUCUUUAUCAUACAUCAAUAUCUUUAAAAAACAAGUAUUUUCUGAUAUCAAUAUAGGUAUAUGCUGAUUGCAUUUGAAAUAGAGAAGCUGACAAUAGCUUCAUACAUUCUAUCUCAGGAACCGACAUUUUAAAGUUAAGGACAAUCUAUGUUCCACAGGCAAAUUUUGAUGGAAGUAUUAGCAUCAGUACAAAUGGGUGCUGUUGACGUAGCGUGAGCAUGAUAGCUUGGAAUAACAGCUGAUUCAAACUAGAUUCAUCAUUUGAAAUUAAGGACAGAUACAAUCCAAAAUGUAAACAAAGCAUUUAUAAAAGAAAUUCUGGGAAUUAAGGAAAUCAUCAAUCUAUCAUUUUUAAGGUAUUUGUUAGCUAAAAUUUUCAUGAAUCUUUGCAGAUUUUCAUGGCCGAAUCUAGACUGGGGUUGUCCAGGUGCUGAUACUCUCCCAGGAUCCCAGGACCCAUAGGACAGUGUUUGGUUUGAUUUUUCUGCUUGGCUUAGAGAGCUCUGAGGAAAUACAGUGCCUUCCUUACCUCCUGUGUCCCUGCCCAGGUUGCUACCCAAGGAGCAAUCAGCUAAUCCAGACUGCUAAGGAAUUUCUAAAUGUACAACUAAGAGUAACCAAGAGCAGCUUCUCACAGACAGGCAUGUCUCUCCUGCAGUCUGGGUACACAUCUCAAGUUGGAGCUCAUUACACUGUACUGGACACUGAGGUUCAGAGCCCACGCUAAAACAUGUCAUACCUCCUAGGAAAUCUAAUUCCAAGUAAGGUACGUUUCACAGCAGCUCAUGAUGUUCCUUCCCUCCACACUUGAACAAGCCCGGCCAUCGCUGGAGCUCUUUCCCACCGUCAGUCUCUGCUCACUGCUUGCCUCCUUCACCAAGCAGUUGACUUAAGGAUUGGAUUUUCUGGAUUUUCUGAUGAAAGAAGGAAAUGAAGUGGAAGGAGAGAAGGGAGGGAAGCAGGGAAGGAGAAAAAGACCAAAAAGAAGACAUAAAACAAUUAUCCAUAUAAAGUAAAUAAAGAAAUGUAAAUUAAUGCUACUCUGAGUAAGCCUACAACAUGAGAACUCUGUUUAAGAGGAAAUGAAUUACACGUUAACAAUUACUUAGAAUUACCUGUAAGUAUCAAAGACCACGCUGUGCACACCUAGUAGCAUCCCCUUCAAUUUCCAUAACUUUUUCUACACUUUCGAUUUUGUAUGACCAUAAAGGAAAUUGCACAGGAAUACCAACUGCCCAGCCUAGAAGACAGAUGCUAUGCCACACACCCGUACUUCCCUCUGACACACCGCUUGUCAGCAAGCACCACAGGUGUAAAGCAAGUGCAUGCACUGCACAAAAUUUUUCUAAGAAGUAAAAACUGAGGAAACAUUUUCUGUAAUCACUUCACAGUCUUGUUUUAAAUAAAGAGUACUUCUUUUCUUUUCAAUUUGGAUAUGACAGUCUCUGAAACACUGGAAAAAGGCCAGUAUAGAUGCCAAUCACCCAUCCAACCAAUGGGCAUGUUAGGACCAUAUGUGGGAACAGCCAGGUGCUGCACAGUUGGGCAUAUGUGAAGAAGCAGCUGUGUUUGCUAGCAAGCCUUCCUUCAGAUCACUUGAAACAGGUAUAAAUUCUGUAUGAGUUCUCAGGGAUCUUCAUUUUGGUAACCAUUGGUUACACAAGAAAAUAGAAAAUACAGUUUGUAAAAAAGGGAACGUAUUCAGCAACACAAGAACAGACAAAGUAUCUGGGAUAAAGGAAAGCCACCACAAAAUACUGGUUCAGCAGUCUUUCCUCUAAAAGACAAAACUAGUUCUGAUGAUGCUACCAUGUUCCUCAGGAGAAGCUCGGGGCAGUAAAAAAGAGGGUCUGGAGUCUAAUGAAAAAAGAUAGUUUGUUUUCUUAAAAAAAAAAAAAAAAAGAAAGAAAAAAGAAAAAAAUU